AAACAAAACGAAAAUGAGUCGAUCUGGAGCAGAAAUUCAUCGAAGUGAAAACCAGUCAAAAGUAGUAAAUGAUCGUAUUACACACAUUGAGGAACACCUUGGUCAACUAUGCGAUAUUGCUUCAUCAUACACACGUAAAACUGCAAGACUUCGAGACAAAGGUGAUUUAAUGGCUAAAGAGUUAAUGCAGUUCUCUGAGUUUGAAAAAUGGAAUCCCACCCUGAGCAUUGGCAUGUCCAAAUUUGCAGAAAGUCUAUCAGCUGUGCAAGACUAUCGAGAAGCAGAAGUGAAAAGGCUAGAAGGGAAGAUAAUCACACCACUAAUGAAUUAUGGUUUGCUUUGUAAACAAACAAAGAAUGAUAUAAAAUCAUCAUUUGCUGCCAUUGAUUUAGAAAUCAGCCAAAAGAAAAAGCUUGACAUGACCAGGAGUAAACACCCAUCAGACAGACAAAAGAUAACCGCUAAUAUUAACUAG